AUGGCUGCCGCCUUUGACGACGAAGACCUCUCCGUUUCCCUUCCUCCUUUCGAAGCCGAUCGCCCUCGUGACCGUCGUCCCAGUGCAUCCAAUCCUCCUCCCAAUUCCAACUUCCCUGCCAUGGCGAUGCCUCCGCCAUCCCGCCCGAUCGGCAAAGGCGGAGACGCUGCGAUGCAGUCUCCGGCCACCACCAGAGACAUGCAGCGCCUUGAUCAGUAUCAUACGGUGAAGAUACUGGGAGAGGGCUCAUUCGGCAAGGUGAAGCUAGCCAUUCACCAGCCGAGUGGUCGGCAGGUCGCCCUCAAGAUCAUGCCCCGUCGUAAAUUGUUGUCUCGAGACAUGGUCGGUCGUGUCGAACGUGAGAUUCAAUAUUUGCAAUUGUUACGACACCCUCAUAUUAUUAAGCUAUAUACCGUCAUUGCUACCAAGACCGAUAUUGUUAUGGUCUUGGAAUAUGCCGAGCGAGAAUUGUUCGAUUAUUUGGUGAAGCGGGGCCGGUGCAACGACGCCGAAGCUCGCAAGUUCUUCCAACAGAUCAUAUGUGCAGUAGAGUACUGUCAUCGUCAUAAGAUCGUCCACCGUGAUCUGAAGCCGGAGAAUCUGCUCAUUGACCGGGAGAAGAACGUCAAGAUUGCUGAUUUCGGCCUGAGCAACAUUAUGACAGAUGGGAACUUCCUUAAAACUAGCUGUGGUAGCCCUAAUUAUGCAGCCCCCGAGGUUAUCUCGGGAAAGCUCUACGCAGGACCAGAGGUCGAUGUAUGGAGCUGCGGCGUCAUUCUUUAUGUGCUAUUAGUGGGACGGCUUCCUUUCGACGACGACUAUAUCCCAGCUCUUUUUAAGAAGAUAGCAGCAGGAAACUUUCAUAUGCCUGCGUACAUAUCCUCCGGAGCUGCUCGUUUGAUCCGGUCGAUGUUGCAAGUUCAUCCGGUUCAUCGGAUAACCAUUCCAGAAAUUCGCCAGGAUCCUUGGUUUUUACAAGAACUACCGAAGUAUCUGCAGCCCCCUCCGGAGGAAUUCGUCGCUACCGGUGUGGACCCAAAUAAGGCCAUGGAUCCACGCAAACUUGCACCGGGAAAACCCCUGUCCGUGCAGCACAAGAUCCAUCAGGUCGCCAUUCAAAAACUGGAGCGGAGCAUGGGAUAUACGCGCGAGGACAUUGAAGACGCUUUAAAGAACCCUGAACCGAGCGCCAUCAAAGAUGCUUUUUUCAUCAUCAUGGAGAACGAGAUGAUGCAGACGAACUCGCCAACAGACGACAACCUGAUGGGUCCUUCCGUCGCCCCUUCACCACCCCCCGAUCGAGUUCCUCAAUCUUCAGCCACGGCUGGCCGAUCGACUGUUCCGCUGAGCCCAGGAUCCCCGUUAGCCGCCCCUACGAGACCGCGAAGUGGUUCACAGCGUCAACCGUCCCAACUGUCUCAGCAGAGUAAUGCCGAUGAUCUCGAUGCGCCGCGAGUUAGCCAUGUUCGAAUUCUGCCGACCAGUGUGCCGUUUGUACAUGACCAACUCAUGGAACAGCGGGAACGUGAGCAGAGAGAACGAGCCGCGGAGCGUUCAUCUGAGGAACAGGCGCAUGGUGGUCUAGAUGCCGAGGAUGACUUGAAUCGGAAUGGUCAAGCCGGGCGCUCGCAGGAGGAGCAGGAGGCGACUGCAAGGGCCUUGAAACCCCAUUCCCGCAGCAUCGUGGACCUCGAAAAACUGCGCCUCCAGCCCCCUGAAGGUCGCAGUACCCCGCACCAGCCCAAACGGUCGCGAAAGUGGCAGUUUGGCAUUCGCUCUCGUAACCAACCUUAUGAAGCAAUGCUCUAUCUAUACAAAGCCAUCUCAGCCCAGGGAGGAAUUUGGGAAAUAGCACCUACUGGAGCAGAUGGCUUGCAAAUAGGCGAACAGGACCCGGACCAGCCUAUGCCUCUUCAAAGCAAAUACCCAGACCUACCGUCAGAUUACUACAUCCCAAAGGACCCCUGGUUCAUUAGAGCGCGUCUCCUGAAGGAGGGAGUUAAGGCGCCGGGGCAGACUGCCAGUGUGCAUAGCAGCCGAAGCGACCUGAACCUGGAAGACCUGCGGCGCCGGUUCAAUUUCUCCACCGGACCAUUCUCGGCUGAUGACAAGGGCCUCACCCCAGAGCACGCGAGUAUCUCGAAUCCUUCUUCGGCGACCCAGGCUCACACAAUCUCGCGCAUCUCGUACGGAGUCUGGGUGUUCGUUGACAUCCAGCUGUACCAGCUGGAAGAAAACAAUUACAUGGUCGACUUCAAGUGUGAUGGAUACCAAAAUGUGAUACGUGGUGGAGGUGACAGCGAAUGGCACCCUAUUAGUAAACGGUUCCGGAACAAGGAGAAAGAAGUGACGAGCCCUUACCCAUUCCUUGACGUGGCCUCGGACUUGGUGGCUCAGCUAGCGACUGCUAGUUAA